AGAUUUUCUAUUAGCAAAUUUUUGUAAAUAGGGAAUUCACCAAACACUUUAAUUUAUAUAUUUACAUUAAAGCAGUGAGAAUGCCUAAUACAAAGGCAAUCCCAUAAACACAAUCAGUCGUCCUCCCAGUUCGUAAACGCCACGUAAGUCGAUCAAGUUACUAAGCUUCAGCUUCGGCGUUUUGUAUGCUGUAUCAGAAACGCAAUUUCACAAUAUAUGCGGUAUCAGCAGUAUCAGAGCCGAUUAUUGGGUCGUGAAAAAAUAUAUUGAAACAGUUAAAGAAAGUUAAAUAAUAAUUUUGGAAAAUAAAAAUGGCUAAUCUCAAUGAUAGCGCUAGCGAAGAUAACGUAAUGGAGCCCCGGCGCUACCAAAUGGAACUCCUAAAUUAUGUAAUGCAACGUAAUGCUAUAAUCUAUCUUCCCACUGGGGCGGGUAAAACUUACAUUGCGAUAAUGGCGCUGAAACGUUUUUCGCAUCAAAUGCAAGAAACAAUUGAAAAUGGUGGGAAAAGGGCGAUAUUUAUGUGCAAUACUGUUGAAUUAGCACGUCAACAAGCUAUUGAGCUGAAACGAUGCACUAACCUAAGAAUUGGCUUCUAUGUAGGAGAGCGCAAUGUAGAUGAAUGGUCCUCAAGGAAGUGGGAUGAAGAAAUCAAGACCAAUCAAGUACUUUGUGGCACAGCGCAAAUUUUUGUGGAUAUAGUUUCACAAAAUUAUCUGAAAAUUUCUGACUUAAGUGUUGUUAUAAUUGAUGAGUGCCACCAUGCCAGAAAUAAUCAUCCUAUGCAUGAGUUCAUGCGACAUUAUAGAAAGGUGGUUGACAAAACGCAAUUACCGCGUGUGAUUGGCUUGACAGGAGUCUUAUUAAAGGGUAACAAACUUAACAACAUUCGUGAGGAACUUGAAAGUUUAGAAGCAAUUUUCCAUGGUAAUAUCGUUACGGUCAACUCAAUAGAAGAAUAUCAUAACGUAAUGACAUAUUCAACAAAACCCACUGAACAACUUGUAAAAUAUGGCAGGCAAACUCAUAAUUUUAAAUUAGUUGAUAUUAUCACGACGACUAUCACUGAAUGUUGUGCCGUUGUCAAACAAUGGGAUUUAGGUGCAAUAAAAGAAAAACAAUCAAAAAAUUUGGCCGUUAUGCGACAACCCAACAAAAAGGUUUUUAUAAAUAAUCUCUUGACUGAUUUCUUAUAUCAAAUGAAUGAAUUCGGUUUAUACGCAUCGGCUAUAGCCAUAAUGUCGCCUGUAAUUGAAUUUGAACUUAAAAAACGUGCCGCCGAAACUAUGGCUUUGCGUAAUCUCUACCGUUAUGUAAUCAGUGUAUGCGAAAAAAUACGUCAUAUGAUUAUAAAUGAAAUAAAGGAAGAAACUACUGAUCCAGAUGACGCAUGUCACACCAUAGAUAUUAUACUCAACUAUUCAACACCUAAAAUGCGUUCACUACUGCUUUUAAUUAAAGAAUUAUUCGCUAAUAAAAAUCCAGCUGACAUACGUUGUUUGAUAUUCGUCGAGCGACGUUACACAGCCAAAUGUGUAUAUUAUGUGUUGCAACAAUUUGUGAAUUUAGAGCCAGUUCUAGCUAAAACUUUACGGCCACAAUUUAUGGUAGGACGAAACUCGAUUGUACCAAGCAUAGAAAGUCUGCUUUAUCAGAAAUGGAAUAAAACGGCUAUCGAAAGCUUUCGCUGUGGCGAAUGCAAUUUACUCGUUUGUUCGAAUGUGCUUGAAGAGGGUAUUGACGUGCAGGCGUGUAACUACGUUUUCUCUUAUGACCCAUUAAAGACUUUCAAUUCCUAUGUGCAGACCAAAGGUCGGGCUCGUUCAAGUGACGCCAUAUAUGCUAUAUUCGCAGAGCAAGCUAAUGAAGCAAGUGUGAUACAAAAAAUCAAAGGAUAUCAAGCAGCCCAUAGAAUUAUACAAGAAUUUUUGAUUGGACGUAUUUUGGAUCGCGAUGAACCAAAAGAAACAGCAAUCGCUGUACAAUUUGAAGAUCUGAUACCACCAUUCAAAUCGCGUACAGGCGCGGUACUAUUGGCUUCGAAUGCGCUUCAACUAUUACAUCGUUACUGUGUGCUAUUACCAACAGAUGCAUUUGGCUUGGCCGCGCCGUGGUUUACUAAAAAACCAAUUGACGCCAAUAAGAUCCGUGUCGAAUUGCAGAUGCCGUUACAAUCCUCACUAAAAGAGACAAUAAUUAGCGACGUAUUUCCUACGACCAAACAGGCAAAAAUUUCAGCAGCUUUUAAAGCAUGCAAGAUAUUGUACGAGCAAGGCGAACUUAAUGAACGGUUAUUGCCGGUGACCAAGAUUGAAUGCGUUGCAAAAGUCUCCGAAGAACUCUUCAAUCAUUGGAAGAAAUUUAAUGACAAUAUCACUGCUAAAACUGCGGGAAAACAACAACGACGUCUGUACAAUCACAAAUAUCCGGAUGAACUGCACAAUGCUAUGCCACAGAUCAACGAACUUUGCUAUGCGUACGAGAUACGCGUUUGUCCCCAAUUUGAAACCGAUAGCUAUACAGAGCAUAUCGUAACGCUCUUGAAUACGAAUUGUAACUACGCAAUUUUGACACGUAAAGGCAUGCCGGCGCUUGCUGAAAUGCCGCUCUUCAUGAAUCAGGGUAAAGUCUCCGUACAAAUAGCCGCACAACCGAUCAUAUUGAGCAUUACCAGUGAGCAGCAAUUAAAGCAAUUGUCGAAAUUCCAUUUCACUAUAUUCCGUGAUAUACUGGAGUGCUGGAAAAAUUUCCUGGUACUGGAUCAGCGCAAUCAAGAGAAUUCAUACCUUAUAGCACCAUUGAAUAACGGCAAAAUCGAUUGGGAGUUGGUGCAAAAUUUCCAACGCCUCUUGCCACAACGUAGAUACAGUGUGAGCGAAAGGCAAAAAAAGGUGCAUAAACCUGAGGAUUAUAUGGGCAAAGUGGUUAAUAAAUGGUACUCAGGCAGAGAUAACCAAAGAUUUGUUGUAACCAAAGUUCUAACACAUUUAACGCCACAGAGUCCAUUCGAUAACAAUCAAUAUUCGAGUUACAAUGAAUUUAUCGAUUGCAAAUAUAAGAAUGAGGUGGAUUAUGUAGUACAACAGAAUCAAUUUAUGCUGGAGGUACGUGCGCUAACUUCACGCAGAAACUUUUUUGUAAAUGCGAUUGGAAAAUCAGCAAAAUCGCAUCACAACAGUUCAAAUAUACGCCUCAUCCCAGAACUCUGUCACAACUUUAUGUUUCCCGGCGACAUGUGGCUGAAAGCUUUGCUGCUGCCGAGUAUUUUGCAUCGCGUUCAUUUCAUGCUGCAUGCGGAAAAUUUGCGACUACGCGUUAAUACAUUCCUGGGGAUAGCAUGUAAUGCGGCUUAUCAGCCGAAGAAAUUAAUGAUCGACGAGUCGUUAUCGCGUGCUAUUGACAAUGAUGGCAAUGCUAUGGAAGAGCCGCAGAUGCCGAAGAAGGUGCUUCCCGCGCUCCCCACUCUGGCCAAUGAAACAGUUUUUACGGUGACUAAUUUAAAUGAUGUGAUGUGGAAGGAUUACCUGGAACCCGAAGAUAUAUCUCGAAAGGAACAAUCAAUGUUUCCCGUUGAAUUGGACUAUUACUACAAAUUUGUAAACGGCACAAUAUUGAACAAUCUGACACUGAGCGAUGAGGAGUGGUCAGAGUCACAGUUGGAUAUGCCCAAGCCAGAUGUGAUUGAACCAUCUGGAAGCACUCCGAAUAUCGACCGCUUGAAAUUGUGUGAUGUUUCUUCGACUGAAAAGCGUCAUUUAAAUAUAUUGGAGCUAACGUUAAGCGGCCAAAUCUUGCAAUCUGCCGAACAGGCCGAUUUUUUGGCAGCCAUCACAACAGCCGGCGCUAAUGACGUUUUCGAUAUGGAGCGAUUUGAGUUUUUGGGUGAUUCAUUUUUAAAAUUUUCCGUUUCUCUAUAUUUGGUACAUAAAUAUCCGAAAUGGCACGAGGGAUUUCUAACCGAAAUCAAGGGAAAAAUGGUCUCGAAUCGUAAUCUUAUCUAUUGCUUGCUCGACACAGAUAUACCGGAAAGAAUUUGUGGCUAUCUAUUUAAGCCGCCACAUGAAUGGUUGCCACCGUUAGUCAGCUUACCGAGUAAUCUACUAGAACUCAUUUGCAACAAUGAAAAAAUUCUGCAAACACUAACACCGAGCGAUCUAUAUACAAUCGAAUUAGAUGAUGAUGAGAUUAUGAGUGGUGCUUGUACGAGUGAACAUCUAAGCCAAGUCGCUAGUAGUGGCCAAAGACAUAGCCUUGACGUUGGACCAGCCGCAGAUGAAAGACGAUUCGACAACGAACUAAAUUUGUUUAUUUACAAAGAGGCAUUGCGCGAUAAAGUCGUGGCCGAUACAUUGGAAGCUAUACUUGGUGUUUGUGUGAAGAAUUAUGGUAUAUAUAAUACCUUCCGCAUGCUGGAAUUCUUCGGCAUAUGCAAACCUGAACCAGGUAAAUCUUUCUCAAAUUUGAUGGAUCUAAAGUUCACCAGCGCACUGCUGCAAACGAAUAUUUCAUCUAAGGAAGUCGAUAGUUUUCUUAUAAAUCAUAAACAAUUGGAGAAGAAUUUGGGUUACCAAUUCCGCGAUCGCGCAUUUCUCUUGCAGGCAUUAACUCAUCCCUCCUAUCCGACCAAUCGCAUUACGGGCUGUUAUCAGGAACUCGAAUUCAUCGGAGACGCCAUACUGGACUUUCUGAUUUCAUGCUAUAUAUACGAACGCUGUCAACAUAUGACACCCGGCAAGCUGACGGACUUACGUUCGGCUUUGGUUAAUAAUGUUACACUGGGCGGUGUGUGUGUACGUCAUCGCUUCCAUUUAUUUUUACUCGCGGAAAAUAGCGCAUUGGCUGAGAAAAUCAAAGAAUUUGCAAAAUAUCAAGAGAAAAACAAGUACAUCAUCACCGACGAAGUGCAAAUAUUAAUGGAAGAGACUGCAGUGCCUGAAAACGAAGAAGCGAACGGCAGUACUUUCAAUAUGGCGGCCAAUGUUGAAGUGCCCAAAGCGCUAGGUGACAUACUGGAAGCACUCAUCGCGGCCGUCUAUCUCGACAGUCGGGACUUGCGUACAACUUGGCAUGUAAUUUACGGUUUGCUGGAACAGGAAAUCAAUCAGUUCACUCAGAACAUACCGCUUGAUGCUGUACGCCAAUUGAUUGAACAUAAGCAUGCUAAACCGACAUUCGGCGAUCCGGUCUUUGACGAGGGCGUGUACAUGGUGAAAUGUCAGUUCACAUGCCUAGAUCGCACCAUGGAGGUAAAUGGCUUUGGUGCUAAUGGGAAAAUGGCGAAAAAAGCGGCAGCCAAGCAUGCUCUGCAAAUAUUGUCGAAACGUUCCACUUAAAAUACUUCCAAAUAUUUUUUUGUAUUCAAUGCAUAUUUCAACAUACAUACAUACAUCCAUACAAUGUUACGACUAUUCGAAUAGUAUUAAUCGGUUAAUAUUCAUAUGAACGAUUACAAACCGGAUAUACGAUUAAUCGGUUUUCGGGUUAUUCGAGUAAUUUUAAGUGUCCUAGUGUAUACAUAUAUACAUGCAUACAUACAGACAUACAUACACACAUGCAUACAUACAUACAUUCAAGCAUGUUGCAUAGAGUAUAAUAGUUUUGUUCACAUAACGGUUGUUUGAUUGUGUUAGGAAACUCAAAAUUUUAUUUUUAGCGAAAUUGUGAUUUUGUGAAAAAGAAAAACCAAAAAGAAAAAUAUUUUAAUUUGUCAGCAUCCUAAAAUCUGUUCUAUGAGUUAACGUUUGCUUGUAGAGCUAUGGUUCAGUACAGCUGUUUUAAUCAUUAGAUAAAGUUUUUAAAACGAGUUCGAAACACUUCAGCUUUUAUUAGUACACAUAUUGCACUCCAUAUAAACAUUGAAACAUAUAAAAUAUUAAGUAUUUUUGAUAUCGCGUGGCGUUCCAUAUCUGUUACUUAUACUCAUAUGUACAUGUAUUAUGUAUGUACAUACGUAAGUAAAACUUUAUUUUAUCCAAAAUGGUAAAAUAUACGCAAUGAA